GAGAACAUUUACAGUAUUGUCUGUUGUUUUCAACAUUCAAUUUUAAAUUUUAUUCAAUAAAAAGUAUUUAUCUUUUAACUAGUUCUAUUUUUUAAAAAAGAAUCUCUAACAUUAAUCUCAUCACAAACUACCCAAUAAUCAAGUGAUAACAUUUUUAAUAUUAAACGUAGGGAGCUCUAUUGUCGCAUAAUUCAAAUAUUUUGAUUUCUUAAAAAUUAAUGUUUGCUUAGAUGAGAUAAAGAAAGAAUCAAAGAACAAAUUGUGAAAAAUGGCCUCAUCAUCUAAAGAAUCAGUAGAGACGCAAUGGCUUUUUGAUCUCCUGAUAGAUUGUGAAUUAGAGCAAUUCUAUUCUCCAAUAAUAGACGAACUUCAGAUUACAAGACUUGCCCAUUUCGAUUAUGUUCAUGCUGAGGAUUUAGCUAAAAUUGGUCUAUCAAAGCCUAGAAUACGACAAUUGAUGGAUCAUGUCAAAAAGAAGAAGGCUCAACAAUGGCGUAAAAAUAUUUUAUCGAAACUCAUAGGAGGUGGGAAACAAAUUAAUAAUCAGACAAACACAAAAAAAAAUUCCAGUGAAUCAAUUGCAAACAAUGUUACAAAGAAUCGAACGUCAUCACAAGCACUCACAUGUUUAAUAAAUGAAAAGGACAUCACGUUAUCAAUAAAGCUGGGCGAUGGCUCAUUUGGAGUUGUUAAAAGAGGAGAGUGGAACGCACCAAAUGAAAUCAUACCUGUUGCUGUUAAAGUAUUAAAGGCUGACACUCUGUCUCCUCAUGUAUUCGAAGAUUUUUUCAAAGAAGUUCAAUCAAUGCAUACACUUGACCAUCCGAAUCUUAUUCGUUUGUAUGGCGUUGUAUUAUCACAACCAAUGAUGAUGGUUACAGAACUGGCUGAAAACGGUUCUCUUUUAGAUUUCUUGAGGAAGCAAUCUAAGUGCACUUCUUUAUCACUAAUAUGGAACUUCACUGUUCAAAUCGCAACAGGCAUGGCUUACUUAGAAUGUAAAAGAUUUUUACAUCGAGAUUUAGCUUGUCGAAAUGUUCUUAUCGCAAAAGGAAAUAAAAUAAAAAUAGCUGACUUUGGUCUUAUGAGAGCUCUUCCGCAAGAGGACGAGGUGUAUGUAAUGACGGAACAUAAGAAAGUUCCAUUUCCUUGGUGCGCUCCCGAAUCAUUACGUUAUCGUCAAUUUUCUCAUGCAUCUGAUUCAUGGAUGUUUGCUGUAACGAUAUGGGAAUGUUAUACAUUUGGUGAAGAUCCAUGGAUUGGCUUAAAUGGAUCACAAAUAUUAAGAAAAAUUGAUCGAGAAGGUGAACGUUUACAUCAUCCUGAAAGUUGUCCACCAGAUGUUUAUCAAUUGAUGCUUCAAUGCUGGGAUAAAACACCUUCUGAGAGACCAACAUUUGCUGCUAUUAAAGAGUUUCUUAUUUGCCAAGCUCCACAACUUGUAAAAGCAACAAGCACGUAUUUUGUUGAAGGACGUUUGAAGAUUGAACAAAAUGACACAAUUGCAAUAAUUGAUGGUCGUCCUGAACUUUCAUUUCUUAAAGGUCAAAAUCAAAGAACUUUUGAAAUUGGAACUUUUCCACGCAAUAUUCUAGAAGUUCUUCGUUUCAAUCGCAAUGGAACACUUAAUACAAUAAGCCGACCAGACCAAAUGUGGAAUCAAAAUCGGGAAUCGCCUGGUUAUUUGGAUUCUUUAUAUAAUGGAAAAGUUCAGAUUAGAAAAAAAGCUGCAGACACAACGCCGAAAAACUUUCGUCAACAAAGAACACUUUCCGAACAAUUUGUCAAAGAAAAAAAGUCCAGAGCGAGUAAACAAUUUAGUUAUAAUAAGCUUGUGAAUGAACAUCGUGCCCAUACCCAGCAAUCUCAUCAACAAUUGGCGAGAAAUCAAGCAAGACCAGCAAGACCGCCAGCUCCUUGUUUACAACCAAGUGAAGGUCUUCUAAUCGAUUUAUCUCCUGAAGAAUUACAUUCUAUUAAUCAGAUUAACAAAUCGAAUAAAACUUUCGCCCCAAAUUUGCCAGCUGUUUGUCUUCUAGAUGCUCCAAUCGACGUUCCAACAGAAUUAGCCAAUUUUCAACCAUCCACAUCAAUUAAUCAUCACAGCGGAAACUCACCAAUUAAUGACGAUCCUUUUGAUACAAGACAUCUCGAUUCCUUAGAAGCUUUGUACUCGAAUUCUUCAGCUCAAAUUAUUCCUGAAUCAAUUUAUGUUAAUCAAAAUGCAUCAUUGACAAACAUUUCGAAUCUCGCUAACAAAUCAUUGAGCUCAGAAUUUUUGACGUUAGGACUAUCAGAAAAAGGAGAAGAUAAUCUCAAUGGACAGCCAUCAACAUCAAAAAUUCUACAAAAACGAUUUUUAUCUGAACAAUUCAAUCAAAAUCUGAGAACAUUGCAACCUGAACAAAUACCAAAUGAUCAAAUGAAAGUGGGAACAAAUGCGACUGGUUCCGAUAGUUUCUCACUUUUUGGAGACAAUAUUGAUACAAACUCUAAAUAUGAUACAACAACACAUCGACAUUACGAUUCCAAUAUUUAUAAUUCUGUUGCUGGUGAUUCAAUAUAUGAACAGAAUAUUUAUGACACGAUUGAAGCUUAUAAUGGUUGUUUAAUGAAGGAUUCUAGUUCUUUGUAUAAUAACAUGCAACAGCAAGCUGCUUUAUAUGAUGAGGUUUCUACAUAUGAUGAAAUAAAUCGAAUUUCCCAAGUGGGAGGUACUUUGAGGAGAGCUCCCGAUCCCCCAACAUCUUCACCACUUUUGUCACAGCAGCAAAUAAACCGUCGACUUGAGAAGGAUCACUAUCAACAGGGACUAAUUACUGUGCUAAUGAAUAAAUCACUGGGAGAUAAUAUGACAGAGACAGAAGCAAAGCAAGCGUUAGAAGUUUGUAAUUGGGAUUUGGAUAUGGCAACCAGACAUUUCAAAAUUGAACGCUUAUUUAAACUCGGUUUAUGCUCUCAAAAAACAUGUGAAGAAACGCUGAUGAAAACUGGUUGGAGCUUGCAAAUUGCAGCAAGUGUUUUGCUAGAAAGCCAAAAUUAAAUAAUGUCACCUUCAUUUAUUAAUCACAAAAUUAUGUUAUUUUAACCCAAAAGCAUAUAAAAGAAUUUAUGGAAGCUUUGAUUUAGCAGGAUAUUUGAAAUCUUCCUACUCAUCGAAUACUGAUUUAUUUAACCUUGUACCAUCUCUCUCUCUCUCUCUCUCUCUCUCUCUCUCUCUCUCUAUUUUUUUGUUGUUUAAACAUUAAAAAUCCAAAAAUAAAACCAUUAAAGUAUAACAACUGAUACAGUUAUGUUUUUUUAUGAUAAAAUUUGAAAGUAAGAAUAAUAGAAUGUUUCAGAAAU